AUGCACGUGUCAUGUCCUAUUUGUGUAUCGCGGAUAGAAUCCGGUGAUGAUAUUGUUUCGACAAACUGCGGUCAUGUUUUUCAUUAUCCUUGUUUGACACAAUGGCUGGAGAGAUCAAAAUCCUGCCCGCAGUGUCGUGAAAAAACAAGCAGCUCAAGAAUACACCGCUUGUACUUUAAUGUCCCCAACAGCGAAUCAAUCCGCGAUGAUCCUGUGCUCCUUCAAGAACGCGUUGACAACAUGCAGUUCCAGGUAAUGCUUAAAGAUAAGGAAAUAUCUAAUCUGAAGGAUGAGUCCCAUAAAUACAAAAUACAAGCAGCUGGUCUGAGGAAAGAAGUCUUAAAGCUAGAAAGUGAUGUUGAGCAGAAAAAAAAUACUAUUGGAGCCUUGAAGGAGCAAGCGAAGCAUUUCAAAGCUGCCAGUGAUGAAGCGAAAAAGUUCAAAGAGCAAGCUGAGUUGUAUAAGACUAAACUGGACGAUAUUAAAGAUGUACAAAUGGUCUUAUUGUCGACGGAUAAGGAAGUCAAUGAUAUUGUUACUUCCACAGAUGAACGUAAACUUUCUAUUUACGUAUCUGCUUUGAAAAAAGAGUUGACCAAGUGUACGGAAAAUCGUCGCUACCACAGGGAACAAAUCAGAAAAUUACGGGAUGAUUUAAUGAAAGCUAAUGGUGAAAUAGAUCGUUUACGUGAGCAGUCAAGAAAAACCCAAAGUAUUGAAGAAGUAAUAAUAACUCUGGAAGCAGAAAAUCAAGCAUUGAAAAAUCGCUUGGAAGAAGUAUUAAAUUCCCAAAAUUUAGAAACUAGUGGCGCUGAAACAAAGCGAGAUGAUAAAACUUAUACAAAAUCAAAUUUACAAGAGAAUGUUCUUACGGCCAAAGAUACUAAUGCUACUAAUAGGCAUAACGAGAAAAAACGAAGUGGAGUCAGAGAUGAAGAAGAUUUGACUGGGAUAAACCCACGGUAUAAAGUUCAGAAUAUUGUUCCGGAUAUGAAAAGAAAGUUGUCGUCAAUGAACACAGCUUCUAAUUUACCGGGAAGCUCUAUUCUUGCUAAAAAACCACGGCCUGCAUAUGAUCCAAUGGCUCUAACCAGACCACGGGAUGAUACGUAUAUCUCUGACGGACUCGGUGGCUAUAAAAAGUAUGAAGAGUUUCCUACUAGUAAUAAAACUGGAAUGAAGAAAAAAUUUGUACGGUCAAACUCUGCUUCGGGUCGCAAUUCGAAAUCACAGAAGGAUUUGCUUAAUUUUAAAAUCGACAAUUUUGUUGAUUUAACGUAG